AUGUGCUCCCUCACCCCGGUGCUGGCGGUGGUGCUGGGCGCGGUGCUGUGCCCGGCGCUGCGCGCGGCGCCUCUGCCCGAGUUCUCGGGCGACCAGGACUUCCAGCUCUUCCUGCGCAAGAACCUCGAGUUCACCCGCAAGCUCCGGGGCGACGUGGCCGCGCUGCAGCGCGCCGUGUGCGACACCUUCCAGCUGUGCGAGGAGGAAGAGCUGCUGCUGGUGCGGCAGCACCUGGGCAUCGCCCAGGCCCCCCUGGAGCAGUGCCACAGCCGGAGCUUCCAGGCGGAAGCCUGCUUCAGCCAGAUCUGCGCGGGGCUCCUGCACUACCACGGCUCCCUGGCCUCCGUCCUGGAGCUGCUGCCCGCCCACACCGGCCUCGUGGAGCAGCUGCAGCUCGACGCCGCCAACCUCUCCUCCAACAUCCAGCAGCAGAUGGAGGACCUGGGCCUGGCCACGGUGACGUACCCCGCCGAGGGCCGCGGCGCCCUGCCCGCCUUCUCCUCCCGCUUCCACCACCAGGUCGGCGGCUUCUUCAUCCUGGCCAACUUCCAGCGGUUCCUGGAGACGGCGUACCGGGCGCUGCGGCACCUGGCACGGCGCUGACGCCCGCAGCCCCCGCCGCCCGCCCCGGCAGCGCCCGGCCUGCCCGCUUAUUUAAUAUUUAUCGCUAUUUAAUGUGGCCCGGGUCCGGCAAGGGGUGGCAUCCGCGCGCGGGUACCCGUGCGCAGCAUCAGCCUUGUUUAAUAUUUAAACAAAAGCGUAUCUCUGCUACGAGGUUCAGGCGCGGCGCCGUGGGCAGCGCGUGCCUCAGUUUCCCCCGGCCGCGCCGGGAUCCACCGCCGGCCGCGGAGGACGGCGCUUCGGAGCAGCGUCUCCCUGCCCCGGCUACCGCCCUCCGGGGAUGGAUUUGACGGGUGUUAUUUCUAUUAUGCGUAUUUACAUUAAUUAAUAUUUAUUAGCCACUAGGUACGGAGCAGGCGGGAGGGGAGGCCGGCGGCUCUUCCCGGGGUGCCCCACCGGCACUGCCUCUCCGGCCCCCUCCGCAGCGAAACUCCCGGUAUUUAUUGCAUUUAACUUAUUCGCACCUGGCUCCGGGGCCGGGGGGCAUCUCCCUGCUGCCCGGCCCCCCCGAGCCCGGUGCAGCUGGGCCCCGCACUCCCGGCCCCGCGCCCCCGCCGGGGCUGCCUCGCGGUGUGUUUUGCACUGGUAUUUAUUACUGCAGCUGGGUUAGCCCCAGACAACCGCACGGUCUUUUUUAUACACGAGAAAAACGGAAAUAAACUCUAUUUUUG